GCUUUCUCCAGUAUUCCACAGUACACGCGACCUUGCCUGCAAAGGGGAGGAGGGCGAGAGACGGCGGCGAUGGUGAUGCCGCGGCUGCAGGAGCUGAAGGAGAUCUUCGACGUCGCACGAGGCAAGGUUUGCUACCCCCCGCUCUGCUUGCUUGUGACAGCUCCUUCGUUGGCGCGGCGGUGAACCCGGUGAUUCUUGACCUGGAGGAAUCUCUACUGGCCAAGGUUCUCGGCAUGAACAGAUUUCUUCUUCGUGCGACUCCUUUCUGGGGAACAUGACGCUUGAGGAGGAGGUCACAAUCCGGGUCAGCAAGAUGACCGCGAGCGUGUUCAAGGUCUUCGCCACCGCGGCGUUUGGUGCGUCGAGUUAUUAUGCCCUCGGCCUCGGACCUAAAAUAGGCGAACCUCCUAUUCCUCGGUUUCCUAGAAUCGGCGUAUCUACUGGCAUUGCCUGGUUUGGUGGAAAAUUUGUAUAUUAUACAGCCUUGCGAGCAGGUGCUGAAUUCAUUUUGAAACGUGGAGAAGAACGCAUGAAGAUGGAGCUUGCUAAUAUAAUACUUAAUAAGCAUAGUGAUGAAAAAACCCUGGUCGAAGCUGUAAAAGAGAACUUCUUUGCUGAGCAUCUGUUUAGCGAUCAGUAUCAAGAUAGGCAACUUUUCAGGUGGCAUCUACGCAAUACUUAUGUUGACAGCGCUUUUAUGGAAAGGGUGAAGGAGAUCGAAGUUAAGAACUCGGAUGAUGGGUCUGGAUCAAUUUCUGGGCACAGAACUACAAACACUAGAUCAUUUGGAGACCUCAUGGAGGACCCGCUAGCUUGUAUACUUGGUUCUUCAGACAGCAACAUACAAAGCAACAAGUCUGCUGAGCACACUGGUACUACCGUGAAGAGAAGGGAGGUGCGAGCUCACAGAAGAAGCCACCGGCAUCAUCAUCAUCAUCAUCAUCGACAUGCUGACAAGUUUUCUGCGCUGUGAUUUGUGAUAUCUAUAUCAGAGAUUCAGAUGUGUGAAUGCUAGGAUUGUCCUUCGAACUUCCAGUCGCAGGAGGCCGAUAGGAGUAGAUUUCUGGGAUGAAUAUUUUGCGUCCACGAGCAAAAUGAAGCUCAUAUGGAUGUUCGAUGUUUCUUCCAUGUCCAGGAACAUGUGGUUUUGACUUGCGAUCUGACCACUGCAGAUUAUUUGCCUGAAACCUAAUGUGCCUAUCUACAGUUCUGCGCUGAACAUGUGCUACCUUUUCUUUUCCUGGUUGAAAAAUGCUUCGUGCUGGAUGGAUCAA